AUGGAUCAAAACGUCUUCGCAUCCAAUCUCAUACAAAGACCCGCUGGCUGCAGCAGCCGCUACGCAUCACCACCGCCCUCGCCACGGCUGCGUCAUCGCAAGACGCCCAUUGUCCGGACGAGCCCGCUCCUACAGCUGCCGGCGGAAAUCAGAAGCCUCAUCCUAGUCGCGGCCUUUGGCCACCGCACCAUCCACGCCGACCUCGAUCUCGUCAGCACGCCGGCCACCACUGAAACACAAACGACCCGGCCCAUCACGCCGCCGGACGGCGGUGCUGGUGUCACACGACAGCGGGACCUCAUCGACUUGGCCAGCGACGACAUCCAGUGGAAGCCCACCGGCCAUCUCUGCCAUCGGCGGUGCUUCGAUGCGCGCCAGUCGCGCUCCUCGCUGCCCACGCCGCUCUUCGUCGUCGACCGCGACCGGUGCUUCACCGGCGGCGGCGCCCUCUGCACCCUCCCCGACUAUGGUCUCUCAUCAUGCCGGAUCGGCGCCCUCGGCUGGCUCCUCACCUGCCACCAGGCCUACGCCGAGGGCGUCGAGGUGCUCUACCGGCACAACACGUUCCGCCUCAACGAGUCGUUUGCCCUCGAAAACCUGGCCCGCAUCAUGCCCGCCGCCGCCCACAUCGCCCAGCUGUCCCUGAACCUGACCAUGGGCCGCCCGCGCGUCGCCUCGGACCGCAUCGCCUACCCGCGCCCGCGCGACACCGUCGAGCACCUCCCGGUCCUCUUUUCCCUGCUCCCGGACGCCUUUGCCAGCCUGUCGCGCCUGCACCUCGUGCUGGCCGGCGAGAUGUGGCCCGAGAUACAGCUCUUCGUCUACUGCGGCCCGUCGGCGGCGCUGCACGCUCAGGUCGAGCACAUGCUGGCGGAGCUCGCGGCCAUGAUGCGCCGCAUGCGCGCCUUGCGGCUCUGCGAGGUCGCGUUCGACAGCAGCGUGUACUUUCCCUGGCUGCAGAUUGAGAGGGGGCUGGACAUUGACUUUAAGAAUUAUGCCGACUUUGAGCAGUGUCCCUAUACAGUCUGGCGGCCGCUGGCGGCAGAAGACGCGCAGGACGUGGAGAGCAUGCCGACAGACAGACGCAGGCUCUCUGGGUUUUGGGUCUGCUUGGAUGCCUGGGAUGCUAUUCCCUGGUCCGUCAUGACGGAUUUGUACGGCACGGGGCCAUGGUGA